UUUCAGAAUCAACAAUGCGUUUAAUGUCAAAAGAUUCAUCGCAAAGUCUGGUAGCCAAUCACAAAGCAACUUUAUUUUGCGCAGUUUGCGGGGAUACGGCACUGGGAAAGCACUACGGUGUAACGGCUUGUAAUGGAUGCAAGGGAUUUUUCAGAAGAAGUAUAUGGAAGAAUAGAACAUAUGCAUGCCGAUACCAAGGGAAGUGUGGAGUAGCAAAAGGUAUGGAUGGGACUUGAUUUUUUUUGUUAUAUCAGAGGAAAAAGUUUUAUAUGGCCUAUAGGAAAUCAACUACUAUAUUAUAAUUAACCUACAACAAAGCAUAAGUGUAAAAAUAAAUUUUAGCCAAUAGCUAUGGCAAAUAGGGUUGCUCAUUCAGUCAAUUGUAUAAUAAUUUGAACUUUCAAGUUUAGUAUUUUUGUUAUAAUACUACUGUUCACAUUCGUGAGUUCAAUAGUUUGCUUGUUUUGUACUUUUUCGCUUUUUGACCUAUUGAAAAAUCGCAUUAAAACUACAUUACAAAGAUCUUGAUCUAGAACAAAGACUGUUCGAAGUUUCCAUUUUCGAGAAGUUCGGUUAGGGGUCAUACCACUUGAUACAACAAAAACCUCAAACUUUGAAAAUUGGAUCGAUCAACAAACCAAUGAAUGAAUCAAAAUUCAUAUAGUUGAAAAGUUUGUUUCAUUGCUUCUUUUAUGAAUUUUCAUGUAAUGCUGACUUCAUCUCAUGAAACAUCCUUCAACUUCGUAGUGCUUCUACGUGCUAACUCAAAAAUGAAACAACAAAGAAAUGCAUGUCGAUCUUGUCGCCUGAAAGAAUGCAUCAAAGUUGGAAUGAACCCAAGAGCUGUCCAAGGAGACAUUGACACUGCUUCAACAAGCUCUGCCAGUCCAAAUUUGGUUUCAGUUGAGAUGCAUCCGUACACAAAUUUCAGAGAAGUUGAAUGUCAAACAGAAGUUUCAACUAUAUCCAGUCAUCCAACAUCUCCUUCAACUCUUCCUUUUGUCAGUUCUGGUUCUUCAAUUUGCUCAGUUUCCUCAUCGUGCUCUUCCGUUUCUACAGUAUACUCAAAUUGUCUUGCAAUGUUACCGCCCAAUCCCUCUUUGCCGAAAUAUGAUUAUCUUUUGGCAUCAUUGAGUCGGAUAUUUGAAAGAGUGGAUGAACAUGCACCAGAACCUCUUCCCAAUACAUACAGUUUUGAGCACGCCUUCUACAAUCCACACUUAAUCUGUAAUCGAACAAAACUGACGCCAACUGGAGAACGAAUUGCUACAUUGCCAGAAGUUUUACAAGAUUUCAGAAGAAUAUUUGUAUUAUUCACAGAUGUUUUAUCGAUUCUUCCAGAAUUUUCAAGAUUAGAUGAAAGUGACAGAAUGGUUCUUGCCAAAAGUCGAUUCUCCUUCUUCUACUGGUGGCUGACGUGCUGUUGGACAGCAAAAGUUGGAUGCCCAGGAGUAUGUUACGCAAAUGGAGCAUAUCAUCCAAGUGACAAACGACAGCAAGCAUUUCCAGAUGUCAAAGGCGUAACAGAAUUAUCCGUUGAAACUGUCUCAAAGCCAUUGGCUAAUAUCAACAUUACUGAUGCUGAAAUGCUUGUUGGAAGUGUAUUCGCCAUAUUUUAUGAAUAUCCUCUACCACCAAAGGUCUCAUAUGCAAGUACACAUAUUCUCAAUGAGGCACGUGAUCUAUAUACUCAAUGUAUGAUUACGGUAUCUCCGUAUUCACAAUUGGAAGCAAAAAGUGCAUCUCGGUUAGCAGAGAUUUCAUUGAUAUUUUCAUCGAUUACGAAUCUCAAAUAUUUGACAUCGGAUAACAUUGAACUUUCGGAUGUAUUACAUGUGAUGGAAGUGGAUCAACUUAUAACUGAAGCUUUUGAUGUACAUCGGCCAAUGGAAUAAUCUACAGUAACCAAUCCCGUGUUUCAAUAUCUAGUCCUCAAUGUUCAUAUCAACACAACUUUCUUUCAUUCUGUGAUUUUUCGUGUACAGUGUGAUUUCAUUUCCCAUACAUAGAUCUGUUUUUUGCACACUUGUAAUAAAUUAUUUUUACUUUAUUUUGAUAA